UAGGGCCCGUUUGGAUAUAGGGAUUUGGAUUUGGAUUUGAAACCCCCAAAUCCAAAUCUGCUUGUUUGGCUGUGCCUUCUUAAGUGAGUAUUUGGAUUUCUUCAAAAUCACCCCAGAGAUUUCAGAUUACCAACUUUUGAUGAUUUCAAAUCAUCAGGUCUUGGAUUCCUUGAAAGAACAGAUCGUGCACUCUCUUUCUUCUUUUCUCCUCUUACUCUCUCUCUUUCUCUGCGUUUCGGCUCAGCUUCUGUAUCUUCUUCUGCGUCGCCGACGACUCAUCGACGCCGGCAAUGGUGGCUGAGCUCUCCGCCGCCGCCGACUUCAUCCCCUCCAAGUCAAGUUUCAGAUUGCUCUGAAGCCUUUGAUGGUUGAGGCAAACACUUUGAGAUUGUACUUGACCUGCAUACGCAACACUCUAGAUGCUGCAAUGUGCCUGCAGAAUUUUCCUUGUCAAGAAGUUGAAAGGCAUAACAAGCCAGAAGUUGAGUUAAAGACCAGCCCAGAACUUCUGCUAAAUCCUGUUUUGAUAUGUCGAAAUGAGGCUGAAAAAUGCUUGAUUGAGACAUCUAUUAAUUCCCUUCGUAUAAGCCUCAAGGUAAAGCAGGCAGAUGAACUUGAAAACAUACUAACUAAAAAGUUUCUUAGAUUUUUGUCAAUGAGGGCAGAAGCAUUUCAGGUAUUGAGAAGAAAGCCCGUACAGGGUUAUGACAUUAGCUUUCUUAUAACAAAUUAUCACUGUGAAGAGAUGCAGAAGCACAAGCUCAUUGAUUUUAUUAUACAGUUCAUGGAGGAUAUUGAUAAAGAGAUUAGUGAGUUAAAGAUGUCAGUGAACACACGAGGCAGGCUGGUGGCUACGGAGUUUCUUAAACAAUUUAUCUAAUAGUGGAUUACUAAUUGUAUAUGAAUCAUAUGGUAAUUCUAUGCAUUUGAGACAUUGUUAUCCGGGGCUUAUAUUGGUUGAAUGAUCUAUUACAAGCUGUACAACAUUCUUUUAUGAGUUGAACUUAUUCUGAGAUUCUUUUAUUUUA